AUGGAGUCAGACGGACGCCUUAAGGCAUACAAGUUUGUCGCUUAUGCGGCUGUAUCGUUUUCAAUCGUGGCCGUUCUCUCGGUCGCUUUCACUUUACCAAUGGUAUACAACUAUGUAAGCCACGUAAGACGUCAAAUGCAACACGAAAUUUCUUUCUGCAAGGGAUCCGCCAAGGAUAUUUUCGCCGAAGUUAACUAUAUGAAACAACAACAAAGUGGACCAAUGGCUCCACGCAACCGUACUGCUCGUCAAGCUUACGGCGGACCAGAAGUCAACCCAGCCCCCAACCUUCAGUGUGAGGGAUGCUGUCUUCCAGGACCUCCAGGAGCUGCUGGAGCUCCAGGAAAGCCAGGAAAGCCAGGACGUCCAGGAGCCCCAGGAACUCCAGGAGUUUCCGGAAAGCCACCAGUUGCUCCAUGUGAACCAACCACUCCACCACCAUGCAAGCCUUGCCCACAAGGACCACCAGGACCUCCAGGACCACCAGGAGCCCCAGGAGACCCAGGAGAGGCCGGAACCCCAGGACGCCCAGGAACUGAUGCCGCCCCAGGAUCCCCAGGACCACGUGGACCACCAGGACCACCAGGAGAGGCCGGAGCUCCAGGACCAGCUGGAGAGCCAGGAACCCCAGCUCAAGCUGAACCACUCACCCCAGGACCACCAGGAGAAGCUGGAGAUCCAGGACCACCAGGACCACCAGGACCACCAGGACAACCAGGAGCCGAUGGACCACCUGGACCCCCAGGACCAAAGGGAGCCCCAGGACCAGACGGACCACCAGGAGUCGACGGACAAGCCGGACCAACUGGACCACCAGGACCAGCCGGAACUUCUGGAGAGAAGGGUAUCUGCCCCAAGUACUGCGCCAUCGAUGGUGGAGUCUUCUUCGAGGACGGAACCCGCCGUUAA